CAUAUGUAAACCAUCUGAACAAUCUUGGUCUCAAAUUAAAAUUAAUCCAAGAAAGUUACAUAGUAUUAUACCAAGGUAAAAAUGGCAGAGGCUAAUGUAGUUCUGCUGGAUUUCUGGCCAAGCUCUUAUGGAAUGAGAGUGAAAAUCGCUUUGGCUGAGAAGGGUAUCACAUAUGAGUGCAAGCAAGAAGAUUUUCAAGCUAAAAGUUCUCUGCUUUUGGAAACGAACCCGGUUCACAAAAUGAUACCAGUUUUGAUUCAUAAUGGAAAACCCAUAUGUGAAUCACUGAAUAUUGUCCAGUACAUUGAUGAGGCAUGGAACCACAAACCUUCUCUCCUUCCUUCUGAUCUUUACAAACGAUCCCAAGCCAGGUUUUGGGGCGAUUACAUUGACAAAAAUGUAUACAAUAGUGUAAAGAGGGUAUGGACAGGGAAGGGUAAAGAGCAAGAAGAGCACAAUAAACAAUUUAUAGAAUGCUUGAAGACCUUGGAAGAUGAACUUGCAAACAAACCAUAUUUUGGUGGUGAAGACUUUGGGUAUGUGGAUGUGGCUCUUGUUCCCUUCACUAGCUGGUUUUACACAGUUGAGACAUUUGGGAAACUAAGCAUUGAGGAAGAAUGUCCCAAACUUGUGGCUUGGGCCAAGAGGUGCAUGCAAAAAGACAGUGUGGCCACGUCACUCCCUCACCCUCACAAGAUCUAUGCCUUUGCCCUGCAAUAUAAACAGAGACAUGGACUUGAGUGAACAAACGUUGCUGCUGAAUGCAUGAGAAUGAGAUUGUGUCUUUGGUGAAUAAUAAUAAUGCAUGAGAGUGAGACUAAAGUAAUAUAUUUGUUAUGUAAAAUUAUAAUAGUGCGUCUGUGAAUUUAUGAUUUUUAACGUGUUUUGAGCUUUUAUUCCA